AUUCUUCCUUUCCCCAAAAAAUCCAUCUGUUAUCCAUUUUCUCUCUCUCUCCACCCACUCUCCAGCUAUUUCUUCCAAUUUCGAGAAACAUUCUCUCCAAAACCCUCUUCUUUUCUGCAUCACAAUCCUCAAAACUCAAUUGGGUUUCAAUCAAAAUCCAAUCUUUGAGAUCAUAUUUUUGUGGGUUUUGAUUUGAAUUGAUAGAUAGAGAUGCUAUUGCAGUUGUUCUUCACAGUGGCCUUCUCUGCAGUGCCUCUCACUCUCUACGUGCCUCCAAUCAGAAGCCUAAACCCCUUAGUGGAGACCAUGGAGGAACUCUUCUCCGAAUCAAGAGCUUACACCAAUAGGGUCUACCCACGUGUCCGACAUCUUUGGUUUAGGAUCUUGGAUUGCUUACUUUGCAGCAGAACCACAAGGUAGACACACACACACACACACACAUAUAUAUAGAGAUUUUGAUUUCAGUUGGUAACAUGUAGUCAACUGCAUAUCACCCAGCUUCACUUCUGAAACAUGUUUAAGAUUUUGGUUUUUGGUUUUUCCUUUUUGUGGUAAAUAAGGUGUGAGUUAUGGAGAGUUUGAUUUUGGUGGUGAUGUUGGUGUUUUAUCGGCCGGAUUUUUUGUUUAUGUUGUAAAAUUCUGUCUUGUAAUUUCAUCAUUUCAUGAGAAUAUUUUCAUGGCAUAUUGCAGAGAUGUUCUUUUUCUCUGUUUUCUUU